GUGGAGGAGGAGCUGCAGGAGCAGGAGUUCCUCGACCGUUGCUUCCAGGAGAUGUUGGACGAAGAGGACCGGGAGUGGUUCAUCCCCUCGCGAGACCUUCCCCAGCGCAUGGGGCAGCUGCAGCAGCAGCUCAAUGGGCUCUGCGUCGCUGACGGCCGUGGCCCCGAGGACAUUGUGAGCAAAAGCACCUUGAACCCCGACGCCAAGGAGUUUGUGCCCGGCGUGAAGUACUGAGCUGCGGCCAGGCUCUGCGCCGCGGGAAAGCUUGCUCUGCGCUUUAAGUACCUUUAUUUUGGGGUUGUUUAUUUGGGUUUUUUCCUUGUUACCAUGGUUUUUAUGUCUUUUUUUUUUUUUUUUCCCUCGUACCGUCUCUCGGUUUUGGGCAGCUCCCGCUUUCUAGGACUCUCGCGACCCUGAGCUCCGUCCUGGAGCCCCGCUUUGGUCUGAGCCGAAUUUUGGGGGUCCCCCUGGCCGCAGUGUGCCCCUCGCUGUUCCCUUCCAUGGGAGCUCCUGUAGCCCAGGGCGAGGCCAAGGGCACCGUGAGCACCAACCCCAAAUUGCUCCUUUCUCGGAUAGGUGCUGACAGACGGGGGCUGCGUGCUGGGACCCCCUGUAGGGGUUGGGGGGCCGGGUGGGGAGGGGGCACAGACCAGCCCUGGUCAUCGUCCCAUGGGCUGCGCUUUGUGGAAUUGGCCUUAAAGGAUUUCUGCCCCGAUCCCACCCGGCGGCAGCAGCGUCGCUCCGUUCCUGUCUCAUCGCAAUAAAUCCGAGAAGAGCUGAAGCCUCAGUCUCCCCAGAGGGGGCUGGGGGGGCCGGAGGCAUCCAUGAGCCAUGGGGCCAGGAAGGAGCCCACCCCGCCCCUUAGAGAUGUGGAGGUUCCCCUUCAGCGGAGCGCUUUGUUGGGGGGGGAGCUGCAGGAACGGCGCUGAGCCCACUGUCACCCCAUCACUGCGGCCCUGGGGGGCUCCCGGGGGGGGUGGGCUACGGGUCAGGGCUGCUGGGCCCCCCCAGUUUGGCUGAAGGAAAGAAAUCAGCCCAGAUGUGCAGGGAGACCCCCAGGGAGCCUCCACUGAACCCCCCAGGGAGCAGCCCUGCAGAGCUGGGAGGUCCCCCCCCCCCCGGUAUUAAACACAUUAAAGAGCUGGAAAAAUUUGGAACAGAA